CCCCCAUCAAGUCUAUUGUCGUGCUACGCUAACCCCUCCAUAUACAGCAUUAUGUAAUACAUUUUAUUGACGACUCGCGUUCUUUGUCGACGCGACUGACCUUCAAGUCGCCUCCACCUAGUUUGCUAUCAACUUAUCACUAAGUUUUUGAACACUAUGUCUGCACGAGACCGUCCUCAAGCGCGUAUUACUUCUUACCAUGGCGCAAAGCGGAAUCUUCUUGGAAACCAAGCUGGAAAUGUGCCACCUGCAUGGCGGGACAGCAAGGCCAAACAGAAAGAACAAGGAAGCAAGAUUUUGCUCAGUAGGCUCCCUGUAGAUGUUGGAGAAACAGAAGUCGAAGAACUGUUCAAGAAGACCAUAGGUCCUUUGAAAGAGUGUUUUGUGAUAUACAACACACAAGGGCGCUCGAAAGGGAUGGCGGUCAUAACGUUUCAGCACCCAGGAGAUGCAGCCGCAGCUCGUGAGAAAUAUGAUGGUAAACUCAUCGACGGCAGACGUCCAAUAAAGAUCGAAAUAAUUGUUGAUUCGGAUGAUGCCGUAGGAUCUACACGAUCUACACCUAUGUCUGUAGUUCCUUCGCUGCUAGGACGCAUCGAGAAAUUCGCGGAUACUCCUAAUAGUGGCCCCCUUACUCCUCAGAACCAAGUACUGAACACAAACGUUUCGCCCGUCCCCCCUCGAAAACUUGUGGUAUCACCCCGCACUGUUCAGACUGCUGGAACAAAAGCCGUGUCGAGGCGCCGCAAGAAAGGCCCACGACGCAUAAAUAAGUCAAAUUUUUCCAAAAAGUCACUUGCUGAACUGGACCAGGAUAUGGAGGAAUAUAGAGCUGCCGCUGCAUAAAGAAGAGC